AUGAAGUUCGCAAGCGGCAUUCUCCUCGCCACCAUCGCCUCCGCCGCCGUCAUCUCUACCCCCGACGCCGCCACCGAUGCCAUCCUCACAACGUUUGAGGAUGCCCUCCGGCAACUGCCGAGCACGAUAACGCGCCUCGGCAGGCAGGUGGAGGUCUUCGAGGACUCUCAGACCGAAAAUCUCGUCGAUGGCUUCGAUACGGCGGCAGAGGUUGUUAAAAAUUGCUCGGAGAAGCUUCGGGGCUCGGACAAAUUUUCCGAAACGGAAGCCAUGGUUAUUCUCGAGCUCGCCGAAACGCUCGGCAUUGCCACGAGCCCCUUUCUCAUGGCUCUAUUCAAGCAGAGGUCCGCUCUCGCCAACGCCACUCUCGCCAACGCCGCUCUCGCCAAAGUCACUCUCGCCAACGCCGACCUCGCCGACGCGAAUGGUUGCAGCGUCGUUGGCGAAUUGCUCCUCCCUCAGUUACUCCAGCAGCUCAGAGAUCUCGCCCGGGACAUUGCCCCCAAGGUACCCAGCAGCAACAGGGCUGGAAUCAUACGCCAGUUUGGGAAGACGUUGAAUAGCUUCGUCAGAUAUAUUCCGGCUUUCUCGACAUCGAGCUGCGCGACAGCUCUAGCCCAAGCCCAAGCCGAAGCCCAAGCCGAAGCCCAAGCCCAAGCCCAAGCCCAAGCCCAAGCCCAAGCCCCAACUCCAACCCCGGCGCCAAAAUUCCCAGACCCGAUAACGGGUUGGGCCUUAGGCCCUUCCCAUCACAGGAGAAGAAAUGCCUGA